GCUCCGGGAGGGCGUCGGGGCGAGCGGCGCGGAGUCGGGCCGGGUGCUGCGCGGCUGGGGAGAGCGGGAGGGCGUAGGCAGGAGGGGAUAAAAACCCGCUGUGUCGCCGUUGUGGCUGGGAGUCUCCCGCCUUCCCCGCUCCGCCGGUGCCGAGCUCCGGGCCUCAGCUCCGUUCCCGGGGGCAGCGGGCGAGCGCUGCCUGCGUCCGCGGGGGAGCGCAGCGGAGCCGCUGCCACGCUCCCGCGUCCCGCAACUUCCCCCGUAGCCCGGCGGAGCGCGGCAUGCGGGGCAGGGGCUGCAGGCGGCGGCGGGGCCGGCAUCGCGCUCCCCGGACAUGAAGCGGCCAUCGGAAGCUCCAGCAACGAGUGCAAAGCUAAGUGCACAAGUCAUCUGUGGCAAGGAGCACUGGGAGACAGCUAAAAGACAGCGACAAUGUCUUUAAACUGGUGGACACUUCCUACUCGACUUGGAGUUGUUAAAGCGAGCUGCAGAGGACUCGCAUGCCUCUUGGUCUUCACCGUGAGUGUUUGUGGCAGUGCCCCAGGGAUGUGUCCAGCAGCCUGCAUCUGUGCCAGUGAUAUCAUCAGCUGCACUAAUAAGAACCUCACUCGAGUGCCAGGAAAUCUUUAUAAAUGUAUGAAAAGGCUGGAUCUGAGUUAUAACAGAAUUGGGAUUUUGGAGCCUGAAUGGGUCCCAGUGCUGUCUGAGAAACUGAACACUUUAAUAGUCAAUCAUAAUAGCAUUAGCAGCAUUAGCACUGGAAGCUUUUCCACAACUCCAAAUCUGAAGUAUCUGGACUUGUCAUCCAACAGCCUGAAAACGCUGGGCAGCCCUGUGUUUCAGGAGCUAAAGGAGUUGGAGGUUCUCCUGCUGUACAACAAUCAAAUAACACAGAUCGAGUCUUUAGCCUUUGGAGGAUUGUACAAAUUACAGAAACUGUACCUAAGCUACAACUUGGUCUCGCAUUUCCCACUGGACUUAUAUGUUGGAAAACAUAAACUGACAGACCUUGUGUUGCUGGACAUUUCCUUUAAUCACAUCCAGACGAUGCCUGUUCAGCGCCUGAGUUCAGUGCCAGCCAAACAACUCAGUGGAAUUUAUCUUCAUGGCAACCCAUUCUAUUGUGACUGUGUCCUGUACUCCAUGCUAGUCUUCUGGUAUCAAAGGCAUUUCAGCUCAGUCAUGGACUUCAAAAACGAGUACAGCUGUUUGUUGCAGUCAGACCCAAGAGAUCAUAAUACACUGCCUUUACUGCACGACAGCGUUAUGAAUUGCUCUGAAAGUACCGUCAACAGCUCUUUCCAAGCCUUUGGGUUUAUUCAUGAUGCCCAGGUUGGUGACAGGCUGAUUGUACACUGUGACAGCAGAAUCAGCGGUAGGGGCACACAGUUUGUAUGGGUUAGUCCAGACAAUAGAUUGCUGGAGCCAGACAGGGACACCGAUAACUUCAAGGUGUUUCCUAAUGGCAGCCUGGAGAUAACAGAUGCCCAGCUAGAGAACUCAGGGCUGUAUUCCUGCAUUGCAAUAAAUAAGAAAAGACUAUUAAAUGAAACCAUAGAGGUCAGAAUAAAUGUUAGCAAUUUCACAGCGAACAGGUCCCACGCUCAUGAAGCAUUUAAUACAGCUUUUACCACCCUUGCUGCCUGUGUGGCCAGUAUUAUUUUAGUGCUGCUGUAUCUCUAUCUGACCCCCUGCCCGUGUCAAUGUAAGGCAAAAAAGAGGAAAAGGAAGCUGAACCAAAGCAGUGCCCACCCGUCCAUACUGAAUUCCGCACUGCCACAGGAGCUGCCAGCCGAUGAGAAGAAGGCCAGCACUGGUAAACGGGUGGUUUUCCUGGAACCCGUGCAUGAACCAAAACAGAGUCAGAAUGGGAAAGUAAAACUGUUCCCCAAAGACAGUGUCAUUACAGAGAGCAUCUUAAAAACUACUCGAACAAAAUCCGACUCUGACUCUGUCAACUCUGUGUUCUCAGAUACACCUUUCAUGCCGCCAGCUUAGUUUGCUGCCUGUGUUUGUAUCGUGCAGUUCCAUUUCUGAAUACCUCCUUUGCCUGUAGCAAACCAUCAGGACAAACAAAUAAAAAGAGAUUAAAUGUUUUAAAGAAAGGUA